AACAGAAGUGCAAAAGAGAACUGCAAACUGCUUUAAAAAACGGUUUCCUCAAGAAAAAUACCCCUUUUUGGAGAUUGAAAUCGAUCCUCUUUGCGCUUCUCAGGUGAACGGAAACCGGUAUAGUGUUCCCGAUAAAUUUUCAGUUGUCAUCAUGGUGAGGAAGAGGAGAACUGAAAUUCCUGGUGCAGGAGAGAGUUCUGAGCCUCAGGAAGCCAAUACUGGGCGAGGCACCGGUGCCCAACGGCCACCAGCACAACAGCAGCAGCAGCAGCCACAAGGUGGCUAUCAAGGUCGAGGGCGAGGUGGUCAAGGAGCACAGGGUCCUUAUCAGGGUCAGAUUGGACAACCUCAAGGAGGAAGAGGCUGGGGUCCAAGGGGAGGUCCUGGUGUUGGUGGACCACAACGUGGUGGUGUGGCUCCCCAGCAGUAUCCUGGUGGACCACUUGAUCAACCCCAGCAGGGGCGAGGGUCUCAACAACAGCAGCCUCCUAGAGGAACUGCACCAUCUCAGCAUGGUGGUGGCAUGGGAGGUGAUUUGCAUGGGGGUUCUGGACCUGUGUAUGCUGGUGGACCUUCUAGGACAUCAACUCCCGAGCUGCACCAAGCAACACAGGCACCCCAGCAACCCGGGGUCACAAUGCAACCUAUUCUGUAUGGAAAACUAGCUACUGAAGUGGUUCAUGCGGAGUCUUCUUCGGGUUCAUCUACUAAUCAGCCUGUGGAUGAGGUAGCGGGUCAGCUUAAACAGCUCUCUACCCAGCAAGAUGAUCCCGUCCAGGCUGCACCUGCUUCUAGCAAAUCAAUGAGGUUUCCUUUACGCCCUGGAAAAGGUAGCUCAGGAACAAGGUGCAUUGUUAAGGCCAACCAUUUUUUUGCUGAAUUGCCUGACAAGGAUUUGCACCAGUAUGAUGUUACUAUUGUGCCUGAAGUGACUUCUUGUGGUGUGAAUCGGGCUGUGAUGGCACAGCUGGUGAAACUGUACAAGGAUUCUCAUCUUGGGAAGCGGCUUCCUGCAUAUGAUGGACGAAAGAGUCUGUAUACUGCAGGUCCUCUCCCUUUUGUCUCAAGAGAGUUUAAAAUUACUCUGCUUGAUGAAGAUGAUGGAUCAGGCAGUGCCAGGAGAGACAGGGACUUCAAAGUUGCAAUCAAGCUGGCUUCACGUGCUGACUUGCAUCACCUAGGCAUGUUUUUACAAGGAAGGCAGGCAGAUGCUCCCCAAGAAGCGCUUCAGGUUCUGGAUAUUGUUCUUCGGGAAUUGCCUACUAACCGAUAUUCGCCAGUGGGCCGUUCGUUCUAUUCCCCUAAUCUGGGUCGAAGGCAACCAUUGGGUGAAGGGUUGGAAAGUUGGCGUGGUUUUUAUCAGAGCAUACGUCCUACUCAGAUGGGACUGUCCCUCAAUAUUGAUAUGUCCUCAACUGCCUUCAUUGAGCCACUGCCUGUGAUUGACUUUGUCACUCAGCUCCUGAGUAGGGAUGUUUCGUCAAGACCAUUAUCUGAUGCUGAUCGGGUGAAGAUAAAGAAGGCACUGAGAGGAGUCAAGGUCGAAGUAACACACCGUGGAAAUAUGCGUCGGAAGUAUCGCAUAUCUGGGUUAACAUCUCAGGCAACACGAGAGCUCAAUUUUCCAGUGGAUGAAAGAGGUACAAUGAAAUCUGUGGUUGAGUACUUCCGUGAGACUUAUGGAUUUACGAUCGUCCACAUACAAUGGCCAUGCCUGCAAGUUGGAAAUACUCAGAGACCUAAUUAUCUGCCUAUGGAGGUCUGCAAGAUUGUUGAGGGGCAGCGGUAUUCAAAGAGGCUAAAUGAGAGACAAAUUACAGCCCUACUCAAAGUCACCUGUCAGCGUCCUCAGCAGAGAGAGAUGGAUAUCCUUAAGACUGUCACUCACAAUGCUUACGGUCAAGAUCCUUAUGCAAAGGAGUUUGGGAUAAAAAUUAGUCAGAAGCUAGCCUCUGUUGAAGCUAGGAUAUUGCCUCCUCCUUGGCUCAAAUACCAUGACACAGGCCGUGAAAAGGACUGUCUGCCUCAAGUAGGUCAAUGGAAUAUGAUGAAUAAGAAAAUGGUCAAUGGUGGCAGAGUAGCAAGCUGGAUCUGCAUAAAUUUUGCUCGCAAUGUGCAAGAUAAUAUUGCUCAUACUUUCUGCCAAGAGCUUGCCCAAAUGUGUAACAUAUCCGGCAUGGCAUUUAAUCCUGAACCUGUGCUUCCCCCACUUAGUGGUCGUCCUGAUCAGGUGGAAAGAGUGUUGAAAGCUCGUUUCCAUGAUGCCAUGACAAGGCUCCGACCCCAUAAAAAGGAACUUGAUCUGCUCAUAGUCAUUCUGCCAGACAACAAUGGCUCUCUUUAUGGUGACCUGAAACGAAUCUGUGAGACUGAUCUUGGCAUUGUUUCUCAGUGCUGUUUGACGAAACAUGUGUUUAAGAUGAGUAAGCAAUACCUUGCAAAUGUGGCUUUAAAAAUCAAUGUUAAGGUUGGAGGAAGGAAUACAGUUCUUCUUGAUGCAAUUUCAAGGCGAAUUCCUAAUGUUAGUGAUGUUCCUACCAUCAUCUUCGGUGCUGAUGUUACUCACCCGCACCCUGGGGAAGAUUCAAGCCCAUCUAUUGCAGCUGUUGUUGCUUCUCAAGAUUGGCCUGAGAUUACAAAAUAUGCUGGGUUGGUUUGUGCACAAGCCCACCGUCAAGAACUCAUCCAAGAUCUAUUCAAGGAGUGGCAAGACCCAAAUAGAGGCAAAAUGUCUGGUGGCAUGAUUAAGGAACUCCUGAUAUCUUUCCGGCGAGCAACUGGGCAAAAGCCACAACGCAUUAUUUUCUACAGGGAUGGAGUGAGUGAGGGUCAGUUCUAUCAAGUUUUACUUUAUGAACUUGAUGCAAUUCGUAAGGCAUGUGCAUCCUUGGAGCCAAAUUAUCAGCCCCCUGUAACAUUUGUGGUUGUACAAAAACGUCACCACACAAGAUUAUUUGCUAAUAAUCAUAAUGAUCGUAAUUCUAUCGACAGGAGUGGAAACAUACUGCCAGGGACGGUUGUUGAUUCAAAGAUAUGUCAUCCGACAGAGUUUGAUUUCUACUUGUGCAGCCAUGCUGGGAUUCAAGGUACGAGCCGUCCUGCCCAUUACCAUGUGUUGUGGGAUGAGAACAAGUUUGCAGCUGAUGCUCUGCAGUCACUCACAAACAACCUUUGUUACACAUAUGCAAGGUGCACUCGUUCUGUGUCCAUUGUACCACCGGCAUACUAUGCUCAUCUGGCUGCGUUUCGUGCACGGUUUUACAUGGAGCCAGAUACAUCAGACAGUGGGUCGAUGACGAGCGGACGUGGAAUGGGGAUGGGGGUAAGGAGCACUCGUGUGCCGAUGCCAAAUGCUGCUGCUGUUAGACCCCUUCCCGCUCUCAAGGAGAACGUCAAGCGUGUCAUGUUUUACUGCUGAUUGAUUGGAAAUUGCAUUGCUGCUGUCGUUCACUUGCUGUAUUUCCUUUGCCAACUUAAAAAACUUGUUGAUUGGAAUGGUAUUAUUAUGUUGUUUGGUAUUUUAUCUGGUCCUUACUUUUGAUUGAAUGAAUGGUGGUUUCCUAUUUAUUAACUUCAAUUUCCAACU